AUGAAAGUGCAGCGCGACAGACUGCACCAGUACCAAAAACGCAUAAAACUCAUCACAGACCGCGAGACCGAAGUCGCUCGCGAAUGUCUACGGCAAGGCAAUAAAUCAAAGGCACUGCUAGCACUGCGGCGGAAAAGGUACCAAAAGUCUCUCCUCACCAAGACAGAUCAGCAAUUGGCACAACUAGAAGCCUUGACCUCGGAUGUGGAGUUUGCACUCGUGCAGAAGGAUGUCCUAUUUGGAUUGCAGCAGGGAACGUCAGUGUUGAAGGAGAUACACAAAGAGAUGGGAGGGUUGGAGAAGGUGGAGAUGAUCCUAGGGGAGUCAGAGGAGGCGCGGGAGUAUCAAAAGGAAAUCAACGACAUGCUCGGCGGCAAGAUGUCGAACCAAGACGAAGACGAAGUCGAAGACGAGCUAGAGGCCAUGGAGCGCGAAGUCAGUGGUGUGAAAUUACCCAGCGCUCCCAACGGCAACCUCGCCGAACAACAGCAGCUUGAUCUCCCCGAUGCGCCUACCGAGACACCAGCGCAGAAAGCCAAGCGGCGGCGAGAAGCACGGGCAAGGGAGGCUGCUGAGCCUGUAGCCGCUUGA